UGCUUGUCACGUGAUGAGACCCGGAACUCCUCUGUGUAAACACAUCUAGUAGCUCAGGUCAGCGCAGUUCACUCAGAAUAAGCUAACAUAUACAAAGUAAAACCGGUCAGAGUUUGAGUCCGUGCCGAGGAAUAAAUGUGGAGGUGUUUUAAGGCGGACUGAGGAGGACCAGCAGCCGACUGGGUUCUGGUAGACCGAUGCCGGUCCCUGCCAUGGCAGAACCCGCAGUGGACCAUCAGAGACGCUUCCAGGCUGCUGUGGACGUCAUCCACAACCUGCCUAAAGACGGUUCCUACCGGCCAUCCUACCAGGUGAUGCUGCGCUUCUACAGUCUGUACAAACAGGCAGUGUGUGGACCGUGCACCGUGUCUCGACCAGGCUUUUGGGACCCAGUGGGUCGCUACAAAUGGGAUGCAUGGAACCGUCUUGGACAGAUGAGUUCUGACAGUGCCAUGGCUGCAUACGUGGAAGAAAUGAAGAAAGUUGCACAAGAGGUUAUUGACACCAUGCCCAUGAACGAAACAACAGCCUCACUCUUCCACCACUUUGAGCCUCUCUACAGAGUGAUUGAUGACAUGCCUCAACCUCCAGCAUCACUGUUUACACAAAGUCUCCAACAUGGUGAAGUUCAAACAGACAUGAAGGAUGAACAGAAGUCAGAGGGUGGAGAUCUAAAUGUGAUGCUAAACGUGUCUGGAGUCCCUAACCUCACUGCCAGCAGCAUCACCAAUGAACCUGUGACAGUGACCAGUGACUCAGAGAGUGAAAUCUUCUGUGACUCUGUGGAUUCAGUGGAGCAGCUGAGCUACAUCAAAGUCCCAAUUGUCAAAUCGAAUGGCUUUCACAACGGCCUGGAGUUGUAUCCAGCUCAGGGAGAUCAGCAGAAGGGUCACCUGGAGGGCAGGCAGGUCGGAUCAGGUCACGGUGGAGAGGGAGCAGAGGAUGGAAGGGGGCAGGGGUCCCCCCAGAGGAACCAGGAAACUGGCAGAGAAGCUUCGUACCAUAACUGGAGGGAAGCUGGUGGUCCACGAGGCGGUCCGAGACGGGCGACCCCGGACGGUGGAGGUGGAGCUGGACGAGGAGGGGGCGACGGGUUUGAGGGCAGGGCGGAGAGGCUGCAUGAUGCCCACCUGCAGCAGCAGAUCAUCCUGGCUCUACGGAGGCUCAGAGAGGACAUGAGCAGUGUGAUGGAGAGGCUGGAGGUGGUGGAGAGGCUCGCUGCGUCGCAUGAGGAGACAUGGUGGCCGUUCGAUGUGUCGGGUCAGACCCUCCUUCUCUUCCUGCUGUGGCCCUUUGUUGCUCAGGGUGUGGUCUACUUGCUGAAGAGAGCCCAGCAGAGAAGCCGCACGUCUUCAUGAGGACAGCGGAAAGGACUGCCGCUGGUUCACUGAUGCUUGGGAGGAAACAUUCAGCUGACUUUUCCCUCAGGGUCUACAGAUCCUAUCCUUCAUUACAGCAGAAGCUGUAAAGCUUUAAACUGGGCUGGUGGUUCUCUGGCUUUAUUAAAACAGACUCAGUGAUUGGGAAGAGCUCGAUGCACAAACAGUCUGAUCCUUUUAGAAACAUGACCGGAGCAGACGGUCCCUGCUGGACACAAAGCUGCACUUUGACUUCUGACCGUACAGGACUCUGCUCCAGGCUCAGAUGAUUGAUGUUCAAAGUUGAGGUUUGGUGCCCACUAUAUGUCCUUCAACACCAAGUGGGGGACUUGAAAAGCUCUACAAAACCCCUACAAGCCACUGGCAUCUUCAGUUUAACUGUUAUAAAAUGAUGGAUUGAUGAAACAUUAUAUUGAGUUAUUUUAUUAAUAAAUGUUUAUUAAAGUUGGGGUUACAGGUUUUUAUUCUGUAGGUUAAAGACGGAGGUUUUACUCACUUGUUUUUAGACGUUAGUGUUUUGUUCAGUUCCACCUGGAGGUCCCUAAAUGAAGACUGGGACUGAUGUCCCUGAAGAAUGGCAGGUCUGAACUGGCUCAUGUUCAAAGGUCUGGAUUAAAUAAAAUAAAUUGACACUGA